AUAACUUUUUGUGUUUGUAGGUUGUCGGCAGUAUGGAUGCUCAUCCCAGCCGGUACUGUGCUUCAGUUCGAGUUCAGACACAUCGACAGGAAAUCAUUGCCGAAUUAGCGGCCAUGGUCCGCGAGCUACUGAUUCAGUUUUAUCGUUCGACGAGACACAAGCCAGUCAGGAUCAUUUUUUACCGUGAUGGAGUCAGUGAAGGCCAGUUUAGACAGGUGUUGUGUCACGAACUAAAAGCCAUCCGUGAGGCUUGCAUCAAGCUGGAAGUUGGGUACCAGCCGGGCAUCACUUUCAUUGUUGUGCAGAAAAGACAUCACACCAGAUUUUUCUGUCAGGAUAAAGAGGACAUGGUAUGGCUUAUGAAACUGGCUCGCCAUGUUUUACUUCUUCUCCUUCUUCUUCAAUAUCUUUUUGUAAAUUCUAGACGAAAAUGUCUCGAGAGCGUAUUUAUCUUCUUAGGUACAAAAAUAUAAUUUUGGGGAGGAAAGUAGUGGAAAACACAACGUUUUCCUGGAGGUUUAGUUAGAGCACUAGCCCCAGUUUCCUCCGCCCGCAGGCCUUGACUCAUCAAUGUGCUGUAAACAAACCACUCGUGUGACUAUGCGCGCGGGAAUGCGCAGAUUUUUAUUUCUCUCAACUAAAGAGAAAGGGAGGAAAGUGUUUCUUAAUCCCUUUCAGCCUAAUACCAGUCUUCAUAUUCUCCGUACUGGUCUCUUUACAU